CGAGAAAUUAUCAGAUUCACCCCUGAAUUUCAAAUUCGAGAGCCGCGCUCAUCUCUGCGCCGUUCUUUCUCUCUCAAAGAAUCGAAAAAACUCCAUUUUUUUUCUUUGUCCUUUCUUUUGCUGUAGAUGGAAAAUCGCGGCCAUUGAAGAAGAAGAGAAACGUCGACGAUGGAGAAGGUGUUGAUUCAGAUCUUCGAGAGGAAGAAUCGAAUAAUCGACCACGCGAAGCAGCAAAUCCUUCUCUUCGAUCAACACCUCGCCAGCAAGUGUCUCAUCGAUGGCUUCAUUCCUCCACCUUGGCUCCUCUCCGCUUCUCCCUCCGAAUUGAAUAAGGAAGAUCGUAUCUCAGGACUCUUACUUCCACAUCCCCAACCCUCCAUUCCUUACUGUUCUCUGUUCCAACAGCCAGUUGUUACAACAGAUAAUGUGCAGUUACCCCAUGUUUUAUGCUCCCGGAUUGAUGCUUCCAAUGAAGGCUUAGAUCAGUGGCUUUCUGGCAAAGCUGUUGAGCUUGAUCCUAGUGCUACUUCUCCUCCUCAAGAUUGUAGAGAUGGGAUGACCUCAGAUAUUUGUCCUGACCCUGGUUUAUCUCUGGCAAGAAUCCAGAGAUCUAAGUCUAGGCAACGGGCUUUAGAGCACCGAAAUAGUGCGAAAGCAUGUAAAAAUAUUGAGAGUUUUGAAAAGAAUGUUGAUGCUGGCAGUAGUCAAAACAAAGGGUCUAAGAUUGCUUCUUUACUGUCUGACCCUUUGGAUAAGUUGGAAUUGAUCAAAUCUGGUGAUAAUGUUGUGAGUUGUGUGGUGGGAAAGGAAGAAAGAGGGCAAUGCAGAAGCAAGGAAAGGAGUGACAAUGUUUUCUCUGGUAGAGUCACAGGAUCAGGAAGUCCUAUCGAACCUUCCAAGUCUGUGAGUGGGCCUUCACGUGCAGGCAACACUUCUUUUGUUGCAAAGCAGGAUGGUAUGAUGCUCGAGGAAUCCAUCAGCAAAUCAAGUCAACAGCCUGAUGGUGUUCAUGAGUUACUGGAAUCAAAAUUUGUCAAACCUGUUCGUAAUACUGUCAGUUAUGCAGUGAAAAAUGAAGAAAGAGGUCAAUGCAGGAACAAGGGUAGGGUUGAAGAUAUUUACUCCGGUAGAAUCACAAGGUCAAGAAGUUCAGUUCAACCUCCAAGGUCUGUCAACAGUCCAACAAGUGCAGGGAAGAUUUUUCCUGUUGCAAAUGGUAUUAUGCUCAAAGAAUCCAUUAACAAAUCAAGACUACAGCCUGAGACUGCUGCUGCGUUAUUGCGAUUUGUCAAACCAGUUGAUAAUAUUGUUACUUGUGUGGUAGCAAAGAAAGAAAGAGGUCAAUGCCAGAGCAAGGAAAGGGGUGAAAAUAUUUACUCUUGUAGGAUCACAAGAUCUAGAAGUUCUGUACAAUCUCCCAAGUCUGUAAAUGGGCUUUCAUGUGCAGGAAAAAGUUCUGAUGUUGCAAAGUGUGAUGGCAAUAUGCUUAUAGAAUCCAUCAGCAAAUCAAAACAACAGCCUAAUGUUGUCGAUGAGUUAUUGGAAUUGGUAAAGCCUACUGUUAUCUCUGAUGAAAGUUGUGGUUCAAGGAAAGCAAGACACCACCGAAGCAAGGAAAAGGAAAACAAUGUUUAUCAAGGAAGAUUAACUAGAUCCAGAAGUUCUAGCCAACAGCAUAACUGUGUGAAUAAACAUUUAAAGCUGGAUAGCUGUCCCAAUAGGAGCAUGGAUGAUGGCAUCUGUAAAUCAAUACAGCUGGCCUGCCAUGCUAAUGAUCUUAAGGAGUUGAUUAAGCUUUCUGACAUCACCGAUCAAAGUUGUGGGAUAAAGGCCAAAACAAGUGACAACAAAACAAAAGAGAAUGCUGUUGUAGAUCAACAUAAUGAUGGUAGAACCAGGUCAAAAGCUAAUCGUAGUACAAAUUUGUUUAAACCUGUCAAUUCCUCUAAUACUCUGGAGUAUGAAGUUACACGGUCCAAAUCAAAAGCUUCCAAAAGGUCCCCAUACUUAAAGUCAUCAGACAGGUCUGAAGGAGUUGAACUUAAGGAAGUUUCUGGCGCUCAAGCAAAUUCCCAGAUUUGUGCCGAUGACAGUGGUCUGGCUGACUUGAAUCAAUGUGAUGUGAUUGUAGCAGACACUAAUACAGAUUCUGAUGAUUUAGUUGAGACUCUUUCAGCUGGUUCUGCAUCUAACUUGGAUGGUGCUAACGGUCCUCCUCUUGCAAAGUCAAUGAAUAGGAGUGGAAGAGUUGAGAUGGAAGUCAUAGGAACAAACCCACACUCUGCAUCUGCUAAGAUGGUGAUGCCCAGGCAACUUGAUUGUGAUGAUUUGGGAGAGCCCACUUUGAAUGAAGCUUCUUGUCUUGUAUCGGAGAGUGAAGAAGUGAUCAAAUCAUUGGAGAAAAAGCCUCUUACACCACUUCCUUCUGCAGAUAAGUUGGAUGAAGUAAGUUCUGUGCACUACCAAGGAAAAUACAACUCAUCCCUUGAAAAGCAGUUCCCAGACGAGCGAGAAACUUUUAGUAAAGAAGAGAAACUGUCUGAAACAAAUUUGAAUAAGACUUCUGGCCCAGGUAGAACUUCAAGUUUAAACACUGAUACAGGGAUGGAUUAUGUCUUUGAGAAGGAUUAUGAGAAGCUUGAAGUAGUAAAAUCUGUAAUGCCAGUCCCAGAAGCAAGUAAUGUUAAUGCUGAUGAAUGUUGUGGUCCUGCAAUUUCAGCAAAUAUUUAUUUCUCUGGAUUUUGUAGCCCUGCGUUGCUAAGGAAAGCAGAUGUAACUUCCAGUGAUGCAAUUAAGCAUCCUUGUGCUGCACUAAUUGAAGAAACUAAAGGUCAUUCUGUGGAACAGAAAACGGUGUCAAGUCCUUCUCAUAAUCGAAAUGCAGACUCAAUGGGAAGAUGUAUUGCUGAUGGCGUUGAUUCAGUUCUAGAUCACGCACAUGCAAAGUUCAGUGAAAAUAAGGUUGCAAUUCAGUCAUUACAGCUGGGUAGACAUUCUGGCUCCAAUGUGGGUUCAUGGCCUCAUAAGCGGAGGAAGACUGAUGGUCAACAAAGUAAUUCCCUGUCUUUGUCAUUAAGCUUGAAGGGGAAAUGUACUUGGAAAGAGAGGGACAGAAAUGAAAACACCCCUUCUAUCUCGAGUUUGCCCCAAGAGACCCUUGAAAAUUUUGAAGAUCACUCAGCAGAGAAAACAAGAGCAGUAGAUUCAUCCAGCAUUAUAUUUGGUUCAACAAGGAACUGCACUGCAGAUGAGAACCAAAUUUUGUUGAAUGUUGGGGAUAAAUCAGAAUGUGGAAAUAUUGAACGUUUGACUUGUGAUGAAAGGAGCAAGAAAGAAAGCAAAUCUCAACCUGGAGAAGAUGGUGAGUUUUCAACUUGUCCCUCUAGUUCUCCGUGUCAACCACCUACAGACUUGAUCAAUGCUGAUGAAAGCAGACCAGAAAUUGAGGGGUUCAUUAUGCAGACAGACAGUGGACAAAUAUGCGUUGGUGGAGAUGGAAUUAGCUUUGAUAAGUUGGGCCUUCCAAAGACUACAAUAGAACGUGCUAGCCUUCUGGAGAAGCUUUGCAAGUCUGCUUGCAUCCAUACACCAUUAUCCCAAUUUCCAACCACAUAUAGAUUGCAUCGAACAACUGAUCUUUACCAGUCUGUUCCCAAUGGACUUCUAGAAUGCAUGGAACUGAGGAGCACCCUUCCCGAAAAUGAUAAUAGAAAAGGUCAACUUAAAGUUAGCACCAGUUGCUUCGGGGAGGAUAUGAACCAUACUUUUGUAGGAGAAUACUUUUCUGAUUGCUUGCCAUUUUCUAGUUCUCAAGUUACUGGAGAUGUAAAGAAACCUUAUCUUUCACCUGUUGGGAAGCUCUGGGAUAGAAUUCCAUCAAACUCUGGUAGUUCAGAGAAGCAAGGUAGCCUAAAUCCAGAGCUUCCCUGCAUUAAUGAAGAAAAUGAGAACACAGACGAGGUGGUUGAUGCAUUUCAGGAAGGCACUGCUUCGGAAGUUGUGACUUGCUCUGUCACAAGGGAACCACUUGCCGAGAUUAGGGAAUGUCCAAACAUUCCUGCACCAGUUUCUGGAGCUGAAAAAUUUACUGUUAGAGAUAGUCUGGACUCUGUGAACACAGCCUACAGCUUCACUGGGGCUGAGAAUGGGAUCAAGCAAAAGGUUAAGAAACACAAUGGCAGCAAGAGGAGAGGUACAAAGAAAUUGAAAGAGAACCAGAGUAUACUACCAGGGGAAAAUGGUACCAAAAGGGCAAGUGAAUCACUUCGUAAUAGGUUCAGUAAACCAAAACUAUCUGAGAAAACCAGUCUGCGAAAAGGUGGGCCAAAUUUCUCACAAAAGGAGUCAAAGUUCAAUAAUAUAGUUUCAAAUGUCACUUCGUUCAUUCCAAUUGUUCAGCAAAAACAAGCAGCUUCUAUUAUCACUGGGAAGAGAGAUGUUAAAGUGAAGGCUCUGGAGGCUGCUGAAGCUGCAAAGAAACUUGCAGAAAAGAAAGAGAAUGAUCGUAAGAUGAAGAAGGAGGCCUUGAAACUUGAACGAGCGAGGUUGGAGCAAAAAAAUUUGAGGCAGUUGGAGCAUGAGAAGAAAAAGAAAGAAGAAGAGCGAAAGAAAAAAGAGGCUGAUUUGGCUGCAAAGAAGAGACAGAGGGAAGAAGAAGAAAGGUUGGAAAAAGAAAGAAAACGAAAGCGUAUGGAGGAUGUACGGAGGCAACAGCGUGCUCCUGUUGAAAAGUUAUGUGCAAAGAAGGAUGAGAAAGAAAAGAAGUGCCAAGCUCCGGAUGAGAGAGCACAAACAAUGAAGGUUCCUAAUGAUGAAGCAGUGAAGCAUGAGAAAAUGCAAAACGAAAUACCAGGCGAGAAUGAAGGAACAAUUUCAGAGAUGGAAUUUAGUGCAGCGGUUGUUUCAACUUAUGAUGCUGUAAAAGCUAGCACAGCCAUUGAAGAUUAUAAUGCAAAGGUAAUGAGCACCAUGGAUAGAGCAACAGAGAGCAAUAGCCUGAUUGCAGAUACAAGCCAGGAACAAUCAUAUGAUAUUUCUCCAUACAAAGUUUCGGACGAUGAAGAAGAAGAAGAAGAUGAUGAUGAACCCAAUAGCAAAUUUAUUCCUUCAUGGGCCAGCAAAAAUCAUGUUGCUCUAGUUGUCACUUCCCAGCAAAAAGUGGAUCCAGAAAUAAUAUUCCCCCCAGAAAGCUUUCUCAGUAUUGCUCAAGGUGAUAUUGUACAAACUGUUAAAUCUAUACUAUGUCAUUUGCUGUUGAACUAAGAAGUAUUUUCUUUCAUAGUUCUCUUGCCAAGAAAGCUCCAGCAAAAUCGUGCCAGUUAAAUUGGAUGGUACAGUUUUGAAAACCAUUGUAUCUUCUGCUGACUCAAUGAGAGCUCUUGCUUAGGAUAUAAAGGUACACUGUCUCUUCAGUUUCACUGGCCUUAUCUUCUUGGGAUCGGUAACUAGUGUAGGCCUAAAUCACAUGCUGAGGCAACUACCAAUUUAUAAAAACCGAACCUCCAUGGAUAGAAUUGACAAUUUAAAACA